AUGGAGGAGAAAGAUGCUUUAUUGAAGUUGCAAAAGCAUUUUGAAACUCAAUUUGGUAACGUGGAAGGGAUCUUGCCUGUUCAAACUCAAAGUUCCAAUGAAGAAUCUGAAAACGAAAACGAAGAAAGUGGGAAUGAAAGCUUAGAUGAAUCAGAGAAAAGUUUUUUGGAGGAAAACGAAGAAGAGGAAUGGACACCUUCAUCUUCUGCUUCCAUCGUAAGAGUAUCUCAUCAAGACAAGGAAAAGCCCAUUGUUUCAAGUGCACCCGGAAAAAUUUCGUUUUUUAAGAAAAUGCCAAAAUUGGAAACGGAAGAAGACUUACAUAUCAAAAGAAGAAAUGAGCUUCGCAGGAGAAAGUUUUCCAAAGAUGAUGAAGAAGGCGAUACCCCCGAUAAUGAAGCUGAGAAUUUGAAAAACGAUGCAGAGCUUCAAAAACUUCUUCGAGAAUCCCAUUUGCUUCAUGAGGUUUCUUCACGUACGGGAGAAACAAAUCUUGUAGCUCAAGGAAAGGUGCGACAGAAAGCCGUCCAACAACACAUCAAGGAAUUAGGAGGAAAGGAGAAAGAACAAAAGAUGCCAAUGGUUGCUAGAAAGGGAAUGACCCAAAAAAGAAAGCAUGUCGACCAGAUUAUUGAGAAGGAGGCUCGAGAAAGCGGCACAGUCUUGGCGAAAAAGGCAAAACAACCGAAAAAGCAAAAGAAGGGAUUUGUUCCUGGAACCUUUUCUUUACCUGGAAAGUUUGUUGGCGGAACGCUUCGCCUUCCAAAGAACAUGACUUCUUAA